AUGGAAUUCAAUAUUGAAUCACCAAUUUCAUUUGAUUUGGGAGAUGAACUCUUCCCUCUCCCUUCAAUUUCUUCAUGCAUAGAUAAUAUCUCUGUUCCUCAGUUCCCCUCCAUCUCUCCCUUGGAGAAUGAUAAGAGUGCGUCCAAAAGGCCCAAAAGAAGCAGCCGGAGAAACCCACCGCCCAACGCUUCCAACGAUGAGAACCCCAACGACCAAAAAAGGAAGAAGAUUAUGCAUAGAGAUGUGGAGCGCCAAAGGAGACAAGAAAUGUCCUCUCUUUACUCCUCUCUUCGCUCUCUUCUCCCUCUUGAAUACCUCAAGGGAAAGCCCUCCAUAUCCGACCACAUGCAUGAAACGGUUAAGUACAUUCAAUAUAUGCAAAGAAGAAUCCGGCAAUUGUCUGAUAAAAGAGAUGAGCUAAAAAAUCUCUCUGGCGAGAAUAUGGCCGUCGGUAUGGUGGAAACGCUGAAUUCCUCACGGAGGGAUUCGGUGGUGGUGAGGUCGAAAAAUGGAUUAGGAAUUCAAGUUGUUUUAGACACAACCACCCAACAUAGGCUCCCUGUCUCCAACAUUCUUCGAGUUUUAGCCGUUGAAGGGCUCGAAAUUCUGAGUUGCAUUACGAUCAAAGUAAAUGAGAGGUACCUUCACACAAUUGAAUGCCAAGUUGAAAGUGACGGCUUCUAUCCAAGCAUCGAUGUGUGUGAGCUUCAACAUAAGUUAACCAAUUUAGAAUAUCUUCCUUUAGAUUAG